AUGGCGGCAUCGGAAGGUCUCGAGUCCAAAUACUGUAUUCUCCUCGAGAUUACCGAGCUGAGGGCACUUCAGGUCAUUAUGUACAAAUGCCUCUUCAGGUCAUUAUGUAGAGUUGGAAUUGGUCAUCGUGGAAAUUGUUUACAAGUUGUACAAACUCUUCCCAUUUUCUGUGUGUGGAGUCCCUUCAUUAGGUUGUACAAAUCGUGUGAUACUACUAAUCAAAGAGUACAAUUUGAUAUUGAGCCCUGUGGCAAGCAUCUUGCCACUGGUGGGCAGGACGGCAUGGUCCAUAUUUACGACCUUCAAGGUGGCCAGUGGGUGACAGGCUUCCAAGCAGCUGCUGAUACUGUCAACGGUUUCACCUUUCAUCCAUACCUUCCUCUUGCUACAACAUCAUCUGGGCACAGAAGAUUUGGUAUGGAAGAUGAAUUCAAAGAGGAAUCGAGUUUGGCAGGCGAUGAGAAAUGCUGCUCCGUCUGGAAGUUUUCUUGCUCACAAGAAGCUUGAAACAACAUCAAGCCCUAAGCUAUGGAGGGACAGGCGAACAUUUUGGACUGUAGAUGCUGGAGGUACAUGGUGUA